UCAUCUUUGAUUUGUCAAUAAAAUCGAAUUUCAUCAUUGAUUUUGUUUAUAUUUUUUCAGAGGUUGGAGGAGAUGGGUUCUGAAGGACCAAAAGCGAUUACUAUUCACGUGACUGGUUUUAAGAAGUUUCUUGGUGUUUCUGGGAAACCAACUGAGAAAAUAGUCAAUAAUCUGAACUCGUAUGUGGAGAAACGAGGGUUGCCUUGUGGGUUGAGUCUUGGUAGCUGCACUGUUCUUGAGACUUCUGGUGAAGGUGCAAAGUCUCAGCUUUAUCAGGUUUUGGAGUCCAGUGUUGUUGUCUCUGGUGAUAACAACGCCACCAAUGGAACUCUUGUUUGGCUUCAUCUUGGAGUGAACAGCGGAGCCACAAAGUUCGCCAUUGAAAGACAAGCAGUCAACGAAGCUCAUUUCCGUUGUCCUGAUCAGUUAGGCUGGCAACCACAGCGGCUUCCUAUAGUUGCUGAAGAUGGAAGCAUUUUAAAGGCCAAAGAGACUUCAUGCUCGACAGAGUCUAUUUUCAAGUCACUGAAGAGUAAAGGAUUCCAUGUCGUUCAAUCAGACGACGCUGGACGGUUCGUGUGCAACUAUGUUUACUAUCACUCUCUCAGGUUCGCAGAGCAAAAGGGACAUAAGUCACUGUUUGUUCACGUUCCUUUGUUCUCCAAAAUCGAUGAAGACACUCAGAUGCAGUUCGUGGUCUCUCUCUUGGAAGCAAUUGCAGCUACUUGCUAGUUUAUAUGUAAGUACUAUGUUUGUAUAUCCUUACAAAGCAUUGUAGCUUGUGAUAAAAA